AUGGUACUUGAGUAUCUUUUUGUAUUCUUGUUACUCUUUUGCUAUACGACGCUGUCCAUAGACAAUUGGUGCCAAAGAACAAAGAACUCACAAGAGAUAGUACUUUUAACAUCAACCAGAUGCCAAUUUGACCAGUACUGGACAGGUUUUAAAACUGAAAGAACAGAAGCUGCAACACAAUUCACUAUUUUCAGUGAUUGUUGUCAAGACGUGUAUAAUCCCCUACUCAACAAUUUGACCUUUUAUGAUGAUGGAAAAGCAACAUUGACCAAGAAAAUAACAUUUGAAUUCAGUCCAACUGCUCGUUUCAAUAGGGAUACCCAAGUUUUGAAUUUCAACAUUUCCGACAUCUCUUCUCUAUGGACUUUAGACUGUAACAAAAUUCAAGAGGGGUCAAAGCUUGUGUUUGUUGGAACAAGAACAAUAAAAACUGGAUAUGGGAACCCUUUAUUUGUUGGGAGUCGUGGAUUCACUAUUGAUGUUCAAAGCCCAUACGAGAAUUUUUAUGUGAGGAACUCCGGGGUAGCCAAUUUAAGAGUCACUGGCAAUAUGGGAUUUAAUAUGAUCUCAGACUUUUAUAAAAACACUACAACAUGUGCGUACAGAUUGACAGCGUAUGAACCCAACCUUUUGAAUCAAACGGUCAACGUCACCUCUUCAAUUCCAAAGACAAAAAUAGCGAAAUUGUGUGAAAGAGGAAAUUAUGUGAGGUAUGCAAUUUGCUCCACACAAAUACUGAACCCACCCGAGUACUGCAGUUGCACAUACGACGGAGAAUCUUUCGACUUUUUGGAUGGGAUGUUGGAUUGCAGAGACUUGAACGAAGUGUACGACUUGAAAUUACAGCCCGUUCAAAACGAAUGGCCUUUUGAAAAGAUGAGAUGGUUCUCGAUAACAACACAAGGAGUUCCAACAUACGCAACUAUACCACCACAACAAACACUCACUUUAGUUGGGCCUGUCCAUUUGCCAAACGCUUCUCUAUUCUUGUCCGGGAGUGUCGAAUUUCUCGACACGUUGUACAUAGAACGACAUGAUGUCACUUACCAACUCGGCAAUUUCAGACUCACUGCUGUUGAUAGGACUAAAGUGACUUUAAAGGACGCGGUGUUGUUUGUUGGGAACUUGGCUAAAGAUCAAAGCGCCACUUACUUUGGAUUAGUCGAAAAAGUGUGCAACCAACCUUCUAAAAAGCGAUAUCUUUCACUUGAGUCUACAAUAGGGUGUGGGUGCACACAACAAGAUGGUGGGUUUGUUCAAGGAGACUGUGAAGAUGUGAGUUUGAAGAGGUCGACUGGGCUAACUUUAAUACUUGAAAGAGAUUAUGAUGGUGGAGAAAACAAAAGGUAUUGGGACUCCAUUGUCACUUCAAGUAAAACGAAUGACACUGUUACAGUGUCUGGAAUAUAUGUAGAAUCAAAGAAGUGUGACUUUACUGGGGCAAGUGAAGUCAUCAUCAAUGCAUAUUUAAAAUGUGAGAGCCUUGUCAUUUUAUCGAGCAACGUUAUUAAAAGCACAGAAAAUGGUACCUUUUCUUUUGAUACCAUUCAAAUACAAGACAGUUUGUCUAAUGUCAACAAUUUGAAUGGUGACGCUUUGAUUCAGGUUGGAGAUGGAAAGUUGUUAGUAACAUCUGCUCUUGUGUUUGAUGCACAGAUGGACACAUUACAAGCUGCGUGUUUUGAGCUUGCUUCUGCCAAAAGUGAAUUUUCGAAAGACCUCGAGUAUGUCAAAAAAGAUAAUGUAUUUGAAAGUGUUAUUGUUAACAAAUUGUUUAGAAUGUGCAAAAGAUAUAAACCGGAUUAUGACGUUGUUUGUCAAUUGAACAAUGAAAGUUAUGGUUAUUUUGAGCAAGAGUACUGCCCAUGUAAAAUGUGUCAAAUCAAACCACAUGGUGAUAUUAUUGAUUUUAACAAUAAAAAGAUGUUAGAAGGUAUAAUAUAUGCAGAAAGUACUUUAACUCUUCGAAAUAGUGUUUAUAUUGAUUCUAUCAUGGCCAAUUUAGACAUUGUUGUUGUAAUUGAAGGAAGUACUCCCACAACAAUAAGUACUCUACUCCAAACAAAAGGAAUUUUUGUAUUAAAAACUACUCAAGAAGUUAUUGUCGAAACGUUGAAUGGAGUUACAUUGAAUCCACUCAACAAAAUAACUUUGAAAGGUCCAACAGUCAAACUUGGAAAUAUCAUUGAAGACGACAAAAGCGACAUACUUAUAGGGAGUGAUGUGGUAUCGAUAUCUGCACUUUCAGAACUUACUGGAAUUAAAGAAGAGAGCACAAAACCAAUUUUAAGGAUGGAGCAGAACACUAAGAGUAAAUUGUAUUUGACAGCGCCACAAAGUUUGUACACACGCGUUCUUUUGGAUAGAGUUCAACGUGAUAUAGAAUGCAAUAAUUGUGAAUUUGCUUGUGACCAACAGUCUGUUGUUGUGCGUAAAGAAUACUCAAAUUCAUAUGACUGUCAAAAACUUAAUCGAUACGACAGUGUUUGUAAAAUUGAUGGCACAAGCCCAACUGGUUAUAGAGAUGAAAAUGAGUAUGUUAAAUAUUCAUGUCCUUGCAAUUCUAAAUUGAGCAAAUGUAGUAUAGAAGCUGGUGAUGUUGAUGAGUUAAAUGUUGUCAACGUUGCAUCUCUUACCGUCAAAAGAGAAGUCAAAUUAAAUGCAAAUGGCCAAACGUUUACAAUAGAUGCCAAAGGUCUCAACAACUACACUAUUCAAGUUGUUGGGGAAGGUAACAUCAUUUCCUUACAAUUUGAGUCCUACCAAAAUUUGGUUGUUUCAAACAAUAAUACAAUUGUAACACCUUCCAAGUAUUUAUCCCUUAAAAUUGUAUCAUUCGAAAAGAAGACUACGACUUUAUUCUACGCUGUAACUUUGAGUACUGAAGAGUUGUGUAAAUCAUAUAUUAUACGAAAUGGUACGUAUAAAUGCAUUUCGUGUGGUGAAAUGAAGAUAUCGAAUGGUCAGUGCGUUGGGUAUAAGAGUGUUGAUAAUUGUGGAGGAUAUAGUACAAAUGGCUAUUGUGCAGAUUGUAAAGAGUCAUAUUACCUCUCUGCAACAUCCACUUAUCAGAACUGCCUUCUCAUAAAUAUUCCGAAUUGCUUGAGAGUAAGUUCUGCUUCGAAGUGUAUUCGGUGUAAAACUGGGUAUUCAGUAGUCAAUGGAAGGUGCCAAAAAUAUGAUAAAUGCAAUGGUCUCAUUGAUGGAAAAUGUAGGAAAUGUCCCGUCAAAACAUAUGAAGCAAACAAUGUAUGUGAAGGUUGUGACCCCUCUUGUUAUGAAUGUUCUUCUUCUGGUCAGUGUGAUGUUUGUGACUUCAAAACUGGCCAAGUUGAAGAAAAUGGCAUCUGCACGACAAAAGUUGGGUCGAAUUCAGUCACGGAUUCUUCGGUUAUUUCGUGCCAAAAUGGGUAUUACUUAUUUUCUGGUGUUUGUGAAAAGUGCAGUGGCUCGUUUACUUUUUGUGAAGUUUGCAACAAAGACGCAUGUUUGAAGUGUAGCAGAGACACUGUUUUGGUUGAUAAGAAAUGUGUGACUAUUGAUCUUUGUGAAGCCACACAAAAUACAAUUUGUCGAUGUUCUAAUGGAUAUCAUUUUGAUGGUUCAAGUUGUCAAAAAUGUCCUCUGGGUUGUUUGACUUGCCACACUGAUACCAAUUGUUCUUCUUGUGAACCCGGAUAUUACUUCCAAAAUGGAAAAUGCACUCUUUCUGAGUUAGUUGAAGACUCUUCGAAGUGUGAAACAACCACUGAAGGACACUGUUCUUUGUGUUCAAAUGGAUACAUUUUAACGAAUGGGAUUUGUGAGAAUUGUUCAACAAAUUGUCUAAGUUGUGCUGUGAAAAGUACGACUUGUAUGAGUUGCCGUGAAGGCUAUGUUUUACAACAAUAUGGUGGGAAUGUGUGUAAAAACAAAACAGAAACAAAUGCUAUAUGUCAAGACUUCACUUUGGAUUUAACAGGUUGUAUUUUGUGCAAAAAAGGAUAUUACAAUAAAGGAUUUGAGUGCAUUCCAUGUUUGAGUAAUUGUGAUAGUUGUUUGGACAGUUUGACAUGUAAUGUGUGUAAAACAGGGUUUUAUUUCCAAGACACGAGUCAUUGUGAAGAUAAGAUGUUGUUAACAAACUGCAAGAAGAUAACAGAUAGUGGGUGUGAGCAAUGUGAAGAUGGGUUUUAUCUUAAAGACAAGAAGUGUGUAGCAUGUUCUUCACUCACUGAGAAAUGUAACGAGUGUACUUUGUAUGAGUGUACUUCAUGUGAAAAAGAUUAUGUAUUGGACAGAAGGACUUGUUCAUUUUACAAAGAAAUAGCCGAGUGCAACGAGGCAGUCAACUCAAAGUGCACGUCCUGCUCUUUUUGGAAUGCUCCAACAUCAGAUGGGAAAAGUUGUGAAAAGAAAGUAGUUGUAUGGUUUGUAGUUAUAGUAGUCAUCAUAUGUCUUUUCAUUUUCGUUGGUGUUAUUGCUGGGAUUAUUGCGCUGAGUACUUACACCAUUUACAAAAACAACAAAUACAAAGUGCCAGAUGAUGUGAAUGUAUUUAAGAUGAAGUACUCCGACAUCAAGUUUGAACCACUUGGAGAGUCGUUUUUGGUAACUAAUAAACGAAUAAUUCAAUUUGACCAUAGUGAUGAGGAUCUAGCAAUCCCUGUUGGUGUUGAAACCCUUGAACAUUUGUAUCUUGGGAACCCAUCGAGAAACAGAGUGAAGGUUCAAUUCACUUUCAAAAAGAAUGAAGACAGAAAGUUCAAAAUGCGGUGUAAGCCGUCGAUGGUCACACUUGCUGGUGGUCGCGCUUGUGAAUUUGACUUGUACAUUAAGCCGUUGUGUACAUGUAAGAUCACCGAUCAAAUGCAUGUCGUUAUGUUGGAAUACAAAAGUGGUAUUACGUUGAUUGAGCCACUUCAAAUCGAUGCAAACACACAGAUGUCGACCCGACUCGAUUACGACGAGCUCAAUUUAGAGAAGCAAAUAGGUGAAGGGAGUUUUGGUGUGGUCUUUAGAGGGACUUUUAGAAACAAUCAAGUUGCAAUUAAGUUACUGAAGGUCCAAAAUGACGAAGACUCGAUGAACGAAUUCAUAAAGGAAGUCUCGAUGUUGGAUAAAUUCAGAUGCGAAUAUAUCGUCCACUUCUUUGGCGCCGUCUUUGUCCCCAACAAGAUCUGUAUGGUCACUCAAUUUGCCGAGUUUGGGUCGUUAUGUGACUUGAUCAAAAAGUGCCGCAAGAACAUCAAGAAGAGUCUUCGAUACAAGUUUGUCACCGAUAUGAUGCGUGGAGUGUUGUAUUUGCACUCCAAUGGUAUUAUGCACAGAGACAUCAAAUCAGACAAUUUCCUUGUCUUUUCAAUGAACGAAAAUUUGACGGUCAAUUGCAAACUGACUGAUUUUGGAUCUUCAAGAAACAUUAACUUACUGAAGUCUAAUAUGACAUUCACUAAAGGAGUGGGUACCCCCGCUUUUAUGGCUCCAGAAGUCUUAACACAAGACCGAUAUACUACAAAGGCGGAUGUGUACUCUUUUGCAAUUGUGAUGUACGAGUGCUUGGGAUGGUCAAUGGCAUACCCCAAAGAACAGUUUGUGUUUCCGUGGGACAUCGCUGAGUUUAUAAGCAAAGGGCAACGUCUUCCAAAACUCAAGGGGAUGGACGAUUGGGCGUACGAAAUCGUUUCGAUGUGUUGGAAACAUAAUCCAGCGGAACGGUAUACUAUAGAAAAGGCACUUGAUGUUCUUGUCCAGAAACUCAAAGAAUCCGACAAGUCUAACAACACAGCCGUGUAA